AUGUCGCUCACUCUGAAGCUCUCGUCUCUUGUUAUUCGUACUCUCUCGAAGCCAAUUGCGAAUAGUAUCAAAGCCCAAGCCCGCGAACAUGAAAGAUUCCGGCGACUAUGUGUCUCCAUGGCACAAACGAUCCAUCGCAUCGAUAUGCGCCUAAAACUUGGUCUUCUUCGGGACACAGCCGCGAUUGAGGAUCGAGCCGCGAAAGAAGCAGCUGAGGCAGCAGCACGGAGACACAGAUCAAAAGUUCCAACAGCAAAAACGGAGGCCGAAAUCCAAGCAGAGAAAGAAGCAACGGAGGAGGCUAAGAAGAAAGCAAUUGAAGAAGUGAAAGCGAAACCUCUGCCCCGCAUACGACCGUUAUCCGAAUCCAAAGCUAUCGAUUCUGGUGCGAACUUCAUUAGCGAAACAUUUCUUUUUUUGGUAGCUGGUGGGUUGAUUGUUUUCGAGUCGUGGCGCUCGAGACGCAAGGAAACCACUCGUCGAUCUGAUGUCCAGGAUCGCUUAGUUGAGUUGGAAGAGUCAGAGAAAGCCGCUCGAAGGGCGCUGGGUAUCCUGGAGAAAGAGCUUCUAGAACUCAAGGCUCAACAGGGAAAAGUUCCCGCGAAACACAUGAAACGCAUUCUCCCUCCGGAGGUAUGGGAGGAGGACGUCCAGGAAGUUGCACCUAAGCAAGAAGAUCAAGGCUGGCUGUCCCAAAUACGGUCAUACUUCCCUUCUUCCACCAGCACGACCCCAGCUUCAUCAGCUAAAGUUGCACCGACACCACUUGCAACCCAAAAAGAAGAGCCAGCUUCGCCUUCAACUACCACAGAUUCAACUCAUUCUAUAAUACCUACUCUUAUAAAACCCGGUCAUUCGAGUCCUUCGCCAAAGGAGUCCUGA